GCAUGUCCUGAGAUUGGAGUUGACGAGAUAGUUUUGGAGAUCAGAAAAGAUGCACUUGGUACUAUGAUCCAGAUUUGUUUCGGGACGGCUUUUAUUACUUUCAAACCAUUUGAGAAAUUCCAUUUGUCCAACAAUGGUUUAUUGACGUUAGAAACAUUUUCCGUUCGUGGUCAGGCUCUUUUUUCGGAUGUGGAUGUUCCAUGGGACGCAGGAACAUUAGAAUAUGCCUGGCUUGUCGAAAUUUGUAUUGAAAAACUGUUGGGUAGACUCUUUCCUUCACAGGUUUUUCUUCAAAUAGAUAAAAUAUUUUUUAUAAUGGAGUUCGUUUUUUCACUGCAGAUUGUCAUACUUCUUCAAUGCAUUGAAGCAUUGGCACUGUUAGCAGCUUGCUCUGAUGAUGAAUUGCUAUUACCGGAAAAGUUUGUUCUUUGCAUAUCUCUCUUAAGUUGGAACUCUAGAUAUAAUUUCUGCAUCCACAUGAAUGAUCUUCAUACGUGUUCUCGAGGUGCGUUAAAUUUAGUUGACCGAAAAGGGCAAGUGCAAAACUGUGAGUGUGAAGAAAAAUUAAAAUAUAAGUCGUUGCUAGUAAGUAUUGAACAGUUGGAUGUGGCUAUCAUGGAACAACACAGUGCGUGUGAAUUGCAGUUGUCUUCAUUCCGUAUGGCCUAUUGUAAUUUCCACAGUUUAUCGCUAUGCCCAAAUUUAUUGUUAAAACUACCUUCGGCUAAUUCUCAUUCAUUUAAAAUUUCACGGUGUCAUUUCAGUGAGAAGUCAUUCAUGUAUGAACCAAACAAGUCAGUUUUAUCCAAUAGCCUUAAAAGUGGUCGUAAUGUGCAACCUGCUAUUUGCCAGAGCAUUAUUUACGAUAACAAAUGGAUGAUUACAAUGAAAAAGUCGAAAACAAAUAAUAGCUUCGCAAUACAAAAAGAAUAUCAGUAUGAGGAAAUAUUAAGUGAAAAGAAAACAUAUUCUGAUGACUCUUUUCACUCUACAUUUUCAUCAAUUGAUAUCAAUGUAUGCCAACAUAUGGUCUGUCCAAUACUCGCAUCGCCAAUUCUACAUGAAAGCUAUGUAUCAUUUUUAAGCACAUAUGAAACUAAUGAUGAUUAUUGUUUACCAUCAGAACAUAAUGUUACAGAAGGAGUGAAGUCUAAUUUUUUUAGAAAGGUGACUUCUGGUAUCGAUGAGCUUAACUUAGCUGAGCAAGAUAUCAAAAAAAAGUCAGUUUUCCAAAGAAGUGAAAAUAUCAAAGUGCCGUUUGAUGAGGAUUCUCCAGAUGAAUUCACUAUGAUCUUUGUUACUCCGUUGUUCUUGGAAGCAGUACAACGAAUUGCAGAGCAGGUAUCUUUUACUUUUAUGUUCAUACAUCCUGCAUUUAUUGUUCAACAUCUUUACACGCUGUGCACUUUUCGACAUCAUUCGCAGCCGUUAGUGGAAGAUGGGCUAAGCAAGUUAUCAUGUCAUAAAUAUCUUUCGCAGAUAAAAUAUUUAGCUUACGAGAAAGGACAGGUUCGUUUGCAUUCGAAAGUGACCCUGCCUGAUAUAAACAUUACUUUCUUUCAAUGUGGAAUGAUUGAAAAAACCAUUCGAUCAUCAUCUCUAGAAGAUUCUGCAUCUCAUCUCGCUCGAAGCAGUGUUGUCGUGCUAAAUUUUCAGAAGAAUGAUUUGCUCAUUUCAAGUACUGACUUUGAUAAGAAAAAGAAUUUGCCAGAAAUAGGUUUGACUCUUAAAGGCCACGCCCAAUUCCUUCAGUUGGUAGAAUCUUGGAAAUUGGAUUUUGCGUAUAAUAAAUCUCUUUCUCCAAAAUAUCGAACGAACUGGAAUGAACUAUGUAGUCGCUUUAUGGGAUAUGAUCUCCGAGUUGUAGUAGAUGCAGACUUUCCUGGUCUAGUAUUUAAAAUAAACAGCGAUGAAGACCAAAGUGAGGUGAAAUCAGUUUCUUUGGGUGCUCUGAAUCAGUUAGCUAUAUCAGUUGAACCUAUUGAUGUUGCAGUUGGUCUUUGUAAACCAAUUGAGCAGACAACAAGUAAAGAGUGGCCUUUGUUUGAUGUUUUUGCACCUUGCUUUACCUCCUGGAUUUACGCUGUCGAUAGAUUGAGUAAAAGUUUGGCAAAAAAUGUGGCUGCUGUCAAUGAAAGGAUCGAUCUUAUACUUAUUAAAUUGCUAUCGGAGGUCUUGGAUCAUAGCAAUGGUCAGCUUUUUACAUUUGACAAAAGUUGCUUUGCUGAUGUUCAAGUAUAUAACAAGGCAUUAGGAUCCUGUCCAAGUUGUUUGUUAACUAUAAUUCUUUUACGCUAUGCUGUCCAAGAAGAUCUCAAUAAUUAUUGGCAGCAAGCUGAUCAUGUGGAAUCAAGGCGAUAUUUGGAUGGAAAACGCCGAAAACAAGCAUUGAUAGCUUUGCUUAGUCAUUGGCAAACAAUUAUCUGUUCUGAAGUUAAGAUUUCUAACGUUGAAAUGGCUCACAGAUUUGUUGAACAUACGUUAAAGAGUACCGGUAGUUCUCACGAAGUUCGUAUAACUGUCGAUUCUAAUCAGUUGAACAGUGCUGUUGAUAACAGUACUCGCCCAACUGCAGGAUCUCAUCAAAUGGAUCUAUAUCAUUGGAUAUUAGCUAAACAUCGAGAACACAAAGAAGCAUCAACACGAAGUAAAGUCGCUAAGAAAUUACUAGAUGAUGCACCGGUGAAUGCAAUGGAGAUUGAUUUAUCCGCUUUUUUCUGGAGCUUUUAUGAGGCACGUGGGCUUCAAUUUUCAAAAGCAAGUAUAUUAUUACCCACAGCUAAUAUUAAUUUCAAAUACAUUAUUAAACUGAUUACGAUGAAGGUUGAUCUACUCGAACCAAAGAUGAUUUCUGCCUCAAAUAUCAACUACUUGUCUACUACGAAACAUCACUUAUUGCAUCUAGAAUCUGUUAGGAUAAUUGGACAAGUUCAUACUGAACCGCAUUUCGAUGACUUGAAUCUCCGACUUGUGAGAAUUACUGUGUGCUUGUCUUACAAUUCUUAUGUACAAAAUAUUCAUGCUGUAUUUCCUUUCGCGGCAGUAUGUUUGUUCAACGACUUUUCACGUGUAUAUCGUUCUUGCACGUCAACUCUUACCCAUUUGAAAAUGGCACGACCAGGUACUACCAAGAAGGAAAUGAUAUCUGUCUCAAAAUCCCUAUCACAAUUUACGAAUUCAGAUUCCAUUGCUGGCUCAACAUGUUGGUUACAUAAUGUCCUCGAUAAAUUCCAUGAUUACAUCAGAUUUAAGAACAGCAAGAUAAGAAUCAAUGACGACAUUCUGGAAUUGAAAGUAGAUGGUAAAACUAGUAUUAAAGUUGGUGUUUUCGAAAUGACUCUCACUCAUUUGUACAUAUCUAUGACAUUAAAAAAAACACAGCUUGAUCACAUCAAUCAAAGAAGCAGAACAAAAUCUAAUACUAUAAUAGAUGAAGUGAAUGCAUCUGUUCAGCGUGCAAAUCUCAUUUUAUCAGAAUUUGUGAUAGGUCGUGAUGCAAAACAUAUCGUUAGCUUUCUAGUAAAGUCGAGUUCUCUGAAAUUUGAAAGGAAUCGCUGUUCUAACGGAUUGCUGAAAAAUCGAAUCAAUAUCCUAGUUGGUGAUAUUGAAGGUGAUAUGCCUAUUCACGCUCAGAAUCUUCAUGAAGUUGUACUCAGAAAUGUUUCGCAGUUAAAUGAACAAAUAACUCGAUUAGAAUACAGUACUCCCACGCCUGUGGGAGAAUACUCAGCUCAUUUACAACGGCGGCAGACUGUAGCUGUUGUGAAUUUUGAGCUUGUCGUAAGCAGCAUUGAAUUGUCUGCACAGCUGCUGCCGUCGCUGAAAGUGAAGUAUCGACUUGACCAAGCGGAAAGUAAUGGAAAUACUGGGUCAGCGUCAAGAUUUACGGGACGGAUCAGAAGCCAUGUUGUUCAUUUCAUUGUCAUUACACCUAUCAAUGAAAAGCGUAAUUCCUUGGAUUCGGAUACUUUUACGCUAGCACUUCCUCACAUCUCUGCUGAUGGUGCUUAUCGCAUGGUGGGAAAAAGUGAGAGCUUUGACAGAAUGGCUACAGAAGAUUUGCAGUUCCGAGAAGGAGGAUACAUUGAUUUGGUAUUGAACAUCGGCAAGCUAGAGCAUGUAUUUACAACGGAUUUACUUAAUCAGAUUUUAUUCGCCGAACAGUGCUUUCGAGCUGAGCUAACCUCAUUGAUCGAUAGAAUAAUUGGAGAUCGUACUGUACGCCCACCGGUCUCUUCCGAUCAGCAACUGCUACUCCAGGAUCCAUUCUUAUUUACCAUCACAGCAUGUUUGCGUGCAGAAACAGCUCCCUGGCUUCAGCUUACUGCUACCACACCAACCUCAAUUGCUGUUCGAUUAACUUUCGACAAUAUCACAGCUACUAUAACCAAUCGUUGGACUAAAAAAGGAUCGGAAUCGAAAAUAAAAAAACUCUAUGGUAAAGCAGUUAUUGGCGUAAGUGCAAAACUUGGUCUUUUGGUUAAAACUGCCAUGUUCGAAGAGAUCGAAACUGAACUGCAAGAAUUUGCUACAUUUAUGACGCAAAUAACUGUGCAAAAUAAAAAUAGCAGCGUAUCUUCUGCAUAUAGCUAUGUUGUUACUGUGAAUCGUCCUAUUCUUCUAAUUAAAUCGUCAGCGAUUGAUAAAGCUAUUUUAUUGUGGCUUAAUUAUAAGAAUACUUACGAUUUUUGGCAUGAAGAACGAAAAAAAAUGCUGACAUCUGAACGAUUGUUAUCACUUGCUUCUUCACAUGUUUCAUCACCUUUGAGUGUGGAAACAGAGAUGAAUGUAAAUUUAUCAUUAAAAGUUACCAACGGUAUAUACGUGUGUAUGCCGUUAUAUAGUGCAGAUUUGAGCGAAAAUCUUUCUGCCUUGCUCAUUUCGUUACAAAGUACGGACAUUACUGUUUGUGUGAAAAAAGAGUUGGCAUGCCAAGCAACAUUUCACAAAUUCAAAGUUAAAUUUAUCGACAAUUUCGAUGAUCAGGCUUUAAAUGAUAAUUGGAUAGAAGAUGAGGCUGUAGAUCCAUCACUUUCAAAUUAUUUCUAUUUUCCGCAAGGCAAUUACCAACUUGUUUCUCGUGCAACAACUACUUCUGACUCAACUGAAAAAGCAAAUUGGACAUUAUCAGUGAAGUGGCAAAUGUGUGGAAUGGUCAUCGACUUUGACCAUCGUAUUGGCAAGCUCGUUUGUCUGUUAAUUAGUACUUUUUCGUCUUUCACAUCUGAUAUCAAUGAAGAAGAUUGGGAAGAAUCUGUAAAUGAAUCUUCAAUUGUAUGUGAAGAUAGAGAUGAACAAGAUGCGGAUAUUGAUGCUACUGGUGAAUUAAGAAGUCUUUCACAGUCAGAAGAACGAAUCCAAUGGUUAGAGCGAAAGAUGCAUGAGCAGUCAGUCUUGGUAAAUGAUCUAGUGCAGUGUGGGGCUUCAGAACCAGCCAUUGAGAAAGAAAGACGAACUCUCCGCAAACUAGAAUCAGCUAGAUUUAAACAGUUUCGAAAGUCUAUGCUUGAAAAACUAAAACGAAAUGCUAUUCGUCAGCGGAAAAAGCUGAUGGAACCGAGGAAGGUUAUUUCAAUCUUUCUCUUUAAAAGUUUCUCAAAUUCCAUGUCUGAUGAGCUUCAUGAGACGAAAUUAGAAACCCAGCUAGACGCUCCAUCAAAAAUUUCUUGCGUUACCUCGCGAAAGAAUUUAUCAUUCGGUUUACAAUUCAGUGGGUUUAGAUGCAUGAGUAGUCAGUCUGGGUUAUCUCAAAUCCCAGAUAAGGGGCAGUCGAAUAAACUUACAGCGGAAGGUAAUUUAAUGACGGAUACAGUCAAUAUGAACAUCGAUGUACAGGUGAGCAUUGAAUCAGGUUUAUGUACUUUACGAGCUUUGAGUAAGCAAGAAGAAACAGAUUUGAUAGCUAAACGACCAUCUGCAAGAGACUUAAAGUUAAAAAUGGCGCAAACAAAUGAAACUUUUGUUGUUUCAAAACUUGCUAUUCCGAGUGUGGAUGUGAGAGCAUAUUACACGUCCGUUGAUAUAACUCAAAUUCCUAAACAGCUCCCUCGUCAUGUUCAAGCGAUGUUCUCACAUAAGUGUGGGCGACCCAACUUAUGGCGUCGACCAGCUUUUUAUCUUACAGCAGAAUUAGCAAGCAUGCCACAGGAAUCAUUAAUCACUCCUCACCUUGCUGAUUUUUUAGAGCAGAUGCUUGAAACUGUUCCUGAAAAUAAUGUCAGCUCAUCAAUAAAUAUUUCGAAGAUGAACAUGGAUGAAAGGUAUGAUUCUGAUGUGCCCAUUGUAGAAAUAGAUACUUCUGCAAUUCCUUUGGAUGUUUUAGUUCAUUUGACUGUACAGUCUUCUACAAUUAGAUUUGAAGGUCAACAACAGCGUACUGCGGCAGCAGAUUGUUUGCUGAAACUUCCGUCACUUACACUGAUGGCUUCGACUCGACCUGUAUGUGAAAAUGCUGAAAACGGUAAUGAGGAUAUUACUGGAGGUGGAAUACAUGUUGCUGCAACGUUAAGUGCUUUUUCGCUGAAUGUUUAUAGUCCCCAUCAGCGUUCCACAGCUCAGGAUGCUCUUUUGUUGACACUAGAUCAUUUGUCAGUAUUAGUUUCACGAAGUAAAAACAAUCGUUUUGAAUCAGAUAAUAAAGUUCAGUUCGUAUUGACUGCAAACGUUGGUUCGGCUAAUUUUAUUUACGAUAUGCGUCGACUUGCUGAGCUGAUUUCAUUUCCAAAACCUUGGUACAGGCGCACUAUUGUGCAUAGAUUGUUUUUUGGUGGUCAUUCUGUUAAAACUCCUACACCCAAUGCUAAUUCCUUGAUCGUAAUGAAUCAAGCAUCAUCUAAAUCAGUUUCUCACCAAAUUCCAUCUUCACAAGGGAAUUUGAAAAAAAAAGAAUGGAGUGCAGCUGUAAUAUGUGGUGUCGAAUGGAAAGAGCUGAACAUUAGUGCACAAAUGGCUAAUACAAUGGGAAAUACUAAACUAAUCGUACAGCAAGGAGAUUUGCGAGGUUAUUGUCAGCUCAAUUCUAAACAUGACCGGGCAGUUUCCAUUAAUUUUGGUUUAAAAUCAGCUGCUCUAUCAGCUAAUGGAGGUGCCAUAUCAGGGGAAAUCGUUAUCACCAUUCUGCAAAUUUCAUGUACGAAUCAGAGUGCCGCUCUGAAGCCUCCUCGAAACUUUGCAAAACUUAAUCUGGAGGAAAUACAAAGUCGAAUCGAAUGGAUGAGCCGACCGAUAUUUAUUGCUAAAUGUGACAAGCCAUCUGUGACAUUUCUAGAUGAAUGGUUAUCUGUGUUUGAUGAUGUAGGCGAGGUUUUAAAGGCAUCAGUAGCUGUCAAUAUAACCUGUUCUUGGUCCGAUUUACAGUUGAUAAUAACAAAAGUAACUGUUGAUGAUCUGAUGAAAAUUGCUCAGAAAUUGAAGUCGUUUUUUCAGGAGCAGUUGAUAAACAGUAGAAUGGUGUGGGGUAUCAGAAGCUCUGUGACUGAAGACCAGUCUUUGAAUAAUGGUGACAGAUGUAUAAAUUUCACAAAAUAUCAUCACUGGCAGUCGGUGCUUGACAUGCUGACUGAUAUCCAAGCUCGCCAGAAACUUUUACCGAUGCCAAAAGGCAGUGAUGGAGUAACCGUUGUAGGAGGUGUAUUAGAACUGUCUGGACAAAGUUUGUCCUUAGCUUGUAUGCAUGGUGAAAUGAAUGCUUCAAGCUGGGCAUUAUUCCACAUGCGUCAGCCAACAAUUAUAUUUGAACCGGAAGCUCGAUAUAUUUUUAUCAGUGAUGAUCGAGAAGUGGGUGUGUUGAUUGCUCAACGACUGAAUAUUAGGCUCGGUGAUAUGGCUUAUCAACGUGGUGAUACAGAAUGUAUGGCUGUUGUAUGUCGAGUUCAGCAAAGCAGAGGAAGCAUGGUGCGACAGAUGAGUUCAAUACUUGCAUGUCUUCACCACUUCAUUGGAGAUGUUCUUGUUCGUUUGAAAUAUGUCUCCCCAAAUUCGGAUUAUCCAGUGGCACAUCAUUCAGUGCUGCAAUUAUUUCAGUUUCCUGCUCUAGACGCCGUUCUAUCAACAUUACAAAAACAAGCGGUCGAAGUGCACGAAGAGCUUAAAUCACCUGAAGUUCGCAGUUCUUUUAUUUGUGAGUUCCAUGAUUCAGUAAAUGUGCAGACUGACUUUAGCGCACAAGUCAGUUUUUUACCUGAACUGAUUAACACUUACAUGAAAAUAAAGACGGAAGAAGAAAAAGCCGUUGACGUAAAUCGUGAUUUCCGUCAUUUUGUUUGUGAACGAUGGAUGGUCGACCCAAAAAUUUGUUUUAUUGAUCGUUUCAAAUGGAAUCCUCCUGUAAUUGAUGAAAUCUUAAGGAAGCUUCAGAUAUUUGAUCACCGGACAACUAUACCAAAAGCGUUACAACGUGGGCUUCUUGACCCAUGCGAUGCUUUUUUAUCCCAUAUUGAGUUUCUUAUUCUGUUAAUAGCUAGCAAGUCUUCCAAGAAUAAGCCUCCUUAA